CUUUCACACACCAACCAUGGAUAAAACUGCACCAGACAAUAUGAUUAGUGGCAAUAAUGUGAUUACAGUGAGCAUUAUAAGGACACACAUGUCAAUUUAUACCUCCACUCCUCAAUGCCUACAUAAACCCACCAAUCUUUCAAGUAAAUUAAACACCCUAAACAGCAAAAACUAAAACAAAGUAAAGACUAGUAACAUGGCAAGGCAGCUUUAUACGACGACGUUUCUUCACUUAGCCACCUUACUCUUCAUUUCCCGGACAAUCUCAGCCGUCCGUUUCACUCCGCAACCAACACCAACCAACGAUCUAGAUUUCAUCCGGUCAAGCUGCAACGCAACGCUCUACCCUGACGUCUGUUUCACGUCGCUAGCUGGCUACGCCUCCGCCGUACAAGACAAUCCGGCGAAGCUAGCUAAGCUCGCCAUCGGAGUUUCUCUUUCCCGCGCAAAACACACGGCAAGUUACCUUUCAAAACUAUCACGCACCGCCGCCUCCGCCGCCGUCCACGACUGCGUUUCCAACGUGGGAGACGCCGUGGAGCAGAUGCACGGCUCGCUCCAGCAGCUCCGAGAGAUGAACCACCAUCGUCAAGGAGCUCCGGCGUUUAGGUUUCAGAUGAGUAACGUGCAGACGUGGAUGAGCGCGGCGUUGACGGACGAGGAGACGUGUACGGACGGGGUCACGGAGGAGAUGGAAGACGGAGAUACGAAGACGGCCGUUUGCGAGAGGGUCGGCGACGUUAAGAGAUUCACGAGCAAUGCGCUUGCUCUAGUCAACACAUACGCCAAUAAUGGAGCCUAGCACUAGGCCUUUUCUUAGGAAGUUAUAUAUAAAUACUUGUGUAUAUAUAUGUAUAAACUAUAAUGUAUAAUCAGUGUGCUUAGAUUUUGUGUGUAUUCGAGGGGAGGCUAUGGAAUCGAGUUUAUACUGAGAUGGAACUCCGAGCUUGUGUGUUGCAUUAAGCUAAGUUUAGUUGUCUUUAAACCAAAACAAAGUUUGAUUGUAUUAGUAGAUGUCGAUCGUAUGUGUUUAUUUUAUGAAUGAUGGAGAAAAAUAGAUCAAUUAUAGA